GGGGAGGGCGCGGAGGGCGUGACCCUGCAGCGGAGCAUCACGCUUUUCAACGGCGUGGCGAUCAUCGUAGGCACGAUCAUCGGCUCGGGCAUCUUCGUGACGCCCACCGGCGUGCUCAAGGAGGCGGGCUCGCCGGGACUGGCGCUGGUGGUGUGGGCCGUGUGCGGGGUCUUCUCCAUCGUGGGCGCGCUCUGCUACGCGGAGCUGGGGACCACCAUCACCAAGUCGGGGGGCGACUACGCCUACAUGCUCGAGGUGUACGGCUCGCUGCCCGCCUUUCUCAAGCUGUGGAUCGAGCUGCUCAUCAUCCGGCCCUCUUCGCAGUACAUCGUGGCGCUCGUCUUCGCCACCUACCUGCUCAAGCCGAUCUUCCCCACCUGCCCGGUGCCCGAGGAGGCCGCCAAGCUCGUGGCCUGCCUCUGCGUGCUGCUGCUCACGGCCGUGAACUGUUACAGCGUGAAGGCUGCCACCCGUGUCCAGGACGCCUUCGCCGCCGCCAAGCUCCUGGCGUUGGCCUUGAUCAUCCUGCUCGGCUUCAUCCAGAUCGGGAGGGGUGAGUGCAAGCUCUGGGGGGCCCGUCCCCGAAUGCCCCAGGCCCCGAAGGUCUGGCUUCCUUUGAGCUGGUCACGCGAGAGGAAUUACUUGAAUUUUGUCACAGAGGAGAUGAUCAACCCUUACAGAAACCUGCCCCUGGCCAUCAUCAUCUCCCUCCCCAUCGUCACCCUGGUGUACGUGCUGACCAACCUGGCCUACUUUACCACACUGUCCACGGAGCAGAUGCUAACGUCCGAGGCUGUGGCCGUGGACUUCGGAACCUAUCACCUGGGCGUCAUGUCCUGGAUCAUCCCCGUCUUCGUGGGCCUGUCCUGCUUCGGCUCCGUCAAUGGGUCCCUCUUCACGUCCUCUCGGCUGUUCUUCGUGGGGGCCAGGGAGGGCCACCUGCCCUCCAUCCUCUCCAUGAUCCACCCACAGCUCCUGACACCCAUGCCGUCCCUCGUCUUUACGUGCGUCAUGACCCUGCUGUACGCCUUCUCUACAGACAUCUUCUCCGUCAUCAACUUCUUUAGCUUCUUCAACUGGCUCUGCGUGGCCCUGGCCAUCGCCGGCAUGCUGUGGCUCCGGUACCGGAAGCCCGAGCUGGAGCGGCCCAUCAAGGUGAACCUGGCCCUCCCCGUGUUCUUCAUCCUGGCCUGCCUCUUCUUGAUUGCCGUGUCCUUCUGGAAGACCCCCGUGGAGUGUGGCAUCGGCUUUACCAUCAUCCUUAGUGGCCUGCCUGUCUACUACUUUGGGGUCUGGUGGAAAAACAAGCCCAAGUGGCUCCUUCACAGCAUCUUUUCCACCACGGUCCUCUGCCAGAAGCUCAUGCAGGUGGUGCCCCAGGAGACAUAAGUAAGAAGCACCGAGAAGCUGCCGGAAAGAAAAUGCACAAAGAUGGUGUUGAAACAUCUCACCCCUUGAAAAGCGACUCCGGAACUGUCAUCCAGGCAGCUCAGCUGAGCGCCCCGCUCUGUCCCUCCACCGGGUCAGGGGGCUGGGGCCACAGUGAAAACUGGUACGACUUUAGUCCCAGAAAGCGAACGUCUAUCUUAACCUCCACGAGUGUAGCACUGCGAAGAGUCCGGGCCCCUGACCCACCGCAGGCUGGUCGCCAGGUUGGGCCCUUCACCUUUCAGCCUUUGUUUAUUUGUGUGUUUUUUUUUUUUUUUAUUUAAAUUUUGGUCAAGUUGACGCCACCAAGAUGAUGAUUUUCUAAAGAAAUGAGGGGAGUGGGGGGGGGGUUUCGCCCCCUGCCUCUCACAGCAUGGUGUGCUUCCAAGGGACCAGGUCGUGUUGUGGGGCCCGGCCCGGCACAGGCUCCCAGGAAGGGAAGGAUGCUGAGCGUCAAACACUCCAGUCCCACGAGCGAGCUACCAAGACUCGGGCCUCGCCGUGUGGACCUCAGAGUUGCACUGACAGACGGACGGCGGCCAGACCACGCGCUUGGCUUUCUUUUGUUGUUGUUAUAGAUGCAGUGACUUUAGCGAAACUAAUCUCGGGACUUAGGUCUCUUUGCCUUAAAGACCCAAGUGUAGUUCCCUCCCCAACCCCCAGAAUAGAGAAGAGAAAGAAGGUCACCAGAACAGCUGCCUGCAGAGAGUGACUGAUACUGGCACCCCCAGCUCGGCGGAAGGCAGGUUCCCGCGCCUGGUGCCCGCCGCAGGCGGGAUCCCCGAGCAGAGAUCUCGAGCAGCUGACGACCCCGAGCUCCCGCCCAUGUGUGCCACCCAGGACAUCAGCGCAGGGUCUGCGUCUGGGCUAGAGCCCGGUCACCCGGGACGCACUGGGCUUCUGUCUUCGCGCACCCCGCCCUGGACGCCCACGUGAGCAGGGGCCCGACAGCAGGAGGACUCGGGUGCGGGCUGUGGUCACACGGCUUCUGAGCUGUACCAUAUCCGGUACUGGGACUGACCGAGAGUUUUUCCAGGUAAAGACUCACAUUUGAAAUCUACAGCGAACCAGGUCAGAAUGGCAGACACCGUGGUGGGGAGUCCUGAAGGGCUUCCCCCCGGUAGUCCCUCAAGACCGCCCUCUCCGGGGCCGGAAGGACUGACCCCAGCAAGCCGCCUGGAGCUGGUUAGGGCUCCUGGGGGGGACCCGCCGUAUGGGGACCCACCCUCCCCCACGGGUACGGCCCUCCCCAGGCCGGACUCCACUGCUGAGACGCUGGGGCCGCUCUCACUGUGGCUGUCCGGACUCCUCGGGCUUUCGUCUUGGUGCCCGUGGAGCUUUCCCAGGGGCGGCAGUUGAGGCCAGCGUGGAGGUCCAGCUGAGCCCUCAGGUAUCAGGCUGGAGCCCCGCAGGGCCACGUGAGCUUGGCGUGGCCAGCCUGCCGCCAUCUGUCUGGGCUCCAGGACCCAGAGCAACCUGGAAGCAGCUUGGGAGGCCAAGAAGUCUGCCCGUUGUCCGUCCGUCCUGCUUUGUGUCUGAGCACAGCGCUGGCUCUGGGAGGGAUGCGGGGAGCCGAGGGGUCCUGGCAACCUGCAGGCGGAUCUGGGGAAUCGGGGCACCGUCACCCCUGCGGGGAUGGGGGGCUGGGAGGGCCAGGGUUUCCUUCUCACAAAGGCGGGUCACAGGCCAUUCUCAAGCCUGCUGUGAAGGCCGGUUAGCGGCCCCAGCUGCCAUUCCUGGAGCCGCGCCCCCAACCCGGCCCGGUGGGGGGGCCCUCUGCCCGCAGGCACGGGGCGGGCUUCACAGUGGCAUUCUGGGCGAGACAGAGACUCUGCUCUUUGUGACCGCUCUCCUGACGCGUGUCCCGAGCACGCGUGUUUGUCCGGCUUCGUGUUUUUUGUUUUAAAGCAAACCCUGUCGUUACCAGCAAGCCUUUGUGCACGGGUCUGCUGUUUCACCCAGUCCUGACGUGUCACUCAUUUAAAGGAUGCUGUUGGCUCCAUGUGUAUUUAUUUGCGGGGUUGACGACCACCCUUGCUGCUGCGUGGUGUUCCCACUGUCCUGGAGUCCCCGUGUGUCAGCUGGCCGCAA